AUGGUAUCUAAGAAAGAUAAUAAAGGAAAGGACGUUGUCGUAGAGACAGUCGACAGAACUGUCGGAUUGAGGGGAGCAAGGACCACCACACUGUUCAGGGUUGUCAACCCUGAACUCUUCAUCAAGCCUAAUAAACCAAUGAUGGCAUUCGGACUGAUUACAAUCACCUUGUGCGUCGGUUAUCUGGGCUACCUACACGCAACGAAAGAAAAUGACCAGCAUCUUUACGAAGCCAUUGACGGUGAAGGAGAGAGACUGAUGAGGAGGAAAGCUUCAAAGUGGGCGUGA